UUAUCGCGCGUACACGUACACUGGUCUUCAAGCGAAAGUGGGGGAAUUCCCUUUCUUCUUCGGUCGGAUAUUUAGGGCGGUGUGAUCGCGAGGUCACGUCAACAGCCCUGAUAACCGUUGCGUGUAUUGUAUGCAAAUGAUCUUUGACCACGAUAUCAGCUGUUACGUCGGCCUGGUGUUGUACUACCAUUAAUAUAAGUAGGCCUACUCAUUCACAGUUGCUAGUUGCUUCUCCUGUAGCAUGCAUGUUGACUGAACACCUUAGGUUGUUUUGUUCAUGUACUAUAGGCUUUUAAUCUAGGAAUCCGAAAGGGACAGACAGAGAAAAUGUUUAAGUUGAAGUUUUUGUGGCAGUUCUUGGGGCUGUUCUCACCAUGCUUUGUGUCUGUCCUCCCAACUCCUGAUGUGACGAGUAUUUGUGGUCCAGAGACCAACCAGACCCUAGCCCAGAGGAUCCAGUCCUCACAGUGGAAGGCUUCAGACUGGCUCCUGGACCAACAGACAGAGGACUGGGGAUGGGACUUUCUAAGCACCGGGUCGGCCAUCUUGUCUCUUCAGCUUGCCAACGAGACGUGGAAGAAUGACCUAGAAUCAAUGGAGGCUCAGCUCACCAUCAAACAACUCAAUAUUGAGGUGCUGCGUGAAAUAUCACACAGACACAGCUUUAAGGAGAUGUCCGUAGGUAAGCUAGGCUACUACGCCAUGGCUCUCCAUGCCUCCUGCCACAAUGCCUCCAACUUCCAUGGACACAACAUCAUGAAACACCUGCACCACAGGGUCGACGACUUUGACACCAAUCAGACCAAAAAUUACUUCCCGUACUCCUUGGCUUUGCUUGCCUUGUGUAGCAGCGGUAGUGAAGUGCCUCAUAGCGCCAUAGCAACGCUUGAGGAAGUCCAAGGGGAUGAUGGAUGUUUUCCGUUCGGCGUCGGUCUUUUUCAUCAUUAA